CCAACUAUAUGCAAGCAGCUCUAUUGCAUCUCUGUUGAUUCCAUCUAUCCAUCUGCUUUUUGGCCUUCCACUUUGUUAUUGAGGCAUUCAUUAUUACGGAUUGCUACGAGCUUCCGCCCAUCUUAACCUCCUUGCCUUCAU